AUGAAGAACAAAAACAAGCAAACCAAGUUCCCCGUCGCGCGGAUAAAAAAGAUCAUGCAGAAGGACGAAGAGGUCGGCAAGGUCGCGCAAGCUACGCCCGUCGUCAUCUCCAAAGCGCUGGAGCUCUUCCUUGGCCUCAUCAUCGAUGAAUCGAGCAAAGUCACGAUGGACAGAGGCUCGAAGAAGGUCGAGGCGUACCACCUAAAACACGCAGUUGAAAACACCGAAAUGCUCGACUUCCUCAAGGAGCUCGUGCAGAACAUCCCCGAUCCGUCCGCAGGUGGGACGGUCGACCUCGAGGCCGAAGCCGAGAACAAGAGGAAGCGCGGGAAAGGAAAACGUUCUACCGCCGCCGCCGGUGCAAGUGGAUCAGGGGACGGCGAUGCCGAUGCCGAUGCCCCGCCGAAGAGGAGGCGGAGGAGGAAGGUCGAGGCGGACGACGAUGGCAUAGGUGGAGGUACCAAGGCAGGGAAAGGGACGAAUGGCACUGGUAAAGGAAGGGGUAGGAAGAAGGCGGUCAAGGCCCCGCAGGCCCAGGCCGUCCAGCAAGAAGAGGACGAGGACGAGGAUACGGAGAUGCACGAUGAGCAUGAGCAUGAGCAUGGGAGGGAAGAGGACGAUGACUACGACGAGGACGAGCCGAUGCCCCCACCCCCGCCGACAGGUGGAUCGAGUAAUGCCGGCGUAGGAGAAGGAGCGGAUGGGUACCGCCUGCGCAGCCCCAGCAGCGAGGAUUGGGACGACGAUAAGCCCUUUAUGCCGAAGAAAUGA